GUUUGUUUUUGGUUUUUGACGUUUUUGUAGUUGUUCCUAGAUCGUGUCCUAGAUUAAAUUAAUAAUACUACUACAUUUUUUGAUACAAUGAGCAAAUAAUUGUGUGAAUCCCAUUUUCAUCUAUUUGCCAUUUAAUUUUGUUAAACUUGAAGUGAAUAUACCUAAUGUAUUUUGUAAUUUAGAAGUGAAGUCUAGGACAUAUCUAAAUGCAUAAAAUGCUCAAUUUAGUACCAAUAGAAUCUUUAUCAGAUUUAGUCUGCAUAACUUGCAAAAAAGUACUAUCACAAUUUCCUAUUUACUGCUCUACUGGAGGAUCAACAUGUGGCAGAUGUCCAUAUCCACAAAAUGGUAUAAAAAAUGAAGCUUAUGAAGUAGUAGCACAAAAACUAAAAUUUCCUUGUUGCUUUAAUGAAAAUGGCUGUUUGGAGAAUUUACUACCCAAAGAUGUACCAACACAUGAAAAAUUUUGCAGGUUUCGAAAAUAUGACUGUCCUAUUAUUUGCAAUCCUGUCUGUGGCUGGAAGGGUGUUGCCCAAGAUUUACUGGACCAUGUGGAGGUGAAACAUUGCAUGCUGCUGCUUAAAGAUGGUCGCUUCGAAGUAGACUUUGUAAACAAUCACAAUGAAAAUUAUUUGCUUCCAUAUGGAGACAAUUUGUAUAUCGUCAAUAGGAGAGCCGUUUCAAAAAAACACAGCUUUUUCUGCACAGUUUCCUACAUCGGUAGCGAUGUAUCAGUUGAAGAAUUCUCUUACAAAAUAAUUUUAGAGAGUGGAAACAAGAAUCAUAGUCAUGAAAUCUGUAAUAGAAUGAAUGCAACAACUCAAAUCGAUAGGGAUGAAUUAAGUGCCAUUUUGCAUGAUCCUACUUCAAUUGUUGCAAAGAUUGAAGUAUUUUUGGAAGAAAUUUUAAAUAACAAUCUUAAACAGGACGAUCACGAAAACCAAAAUCUUAAUUUAGAUCUUUUAAGAGAACUUGAAUGUUCAGUUUGCUUUUUAUAUAUGACGCCACCCAUCCUCCAAUGCUUGACAGGCCACAGCUUUUGCCAAACAUGCAAGGAGAAACUCUCUGAAUGUCCCUCUUGCAAAAAACCAUUUCAAAACACGCAAAAUUUCGUUUUGGCCCAAGUAAUCGCCCACAUUGACUACCCCUGCAAGUAUAGCAAAUGCAGGUUUACAGCCAAGGCGAAAGACAUCAGGCGACACGAGGAGAAUUGCACAUUCACUCCGCAUCCUUGCCCUCUGAUCGACUACGAAAAUUGCUCUGAAGAAAUGAUGUUUGAUCAGAUGUAUGAGCACAUUGUUAACAAUCAUUAUGAAUCGUUAUUGGAAAUAGACUGCGUUUCCUACCCGUUUUCUAUCAACGACGAAACGAGAAUCACUGAUUGUUUCAUUAUUAAAUACGAUUCAAAGCUAUUCAAGCUCCACAUCGAAUACGAAGAUUGCAAAUUUUACUUUGCUGCUCAAUUAGUGGGUCCUCCAGAAGAGGCUUCUGAUUAUCGCUUUUGCGUCGAUAUUUUGGACGCUUCCAAGAAGAAUCACCGGGUUUACUGCACGAGAAAUUGCGGACCUAUGACUCACGGUGAUGAUGCUUUCGAGGAUGGACGCGAAUUUAUCGUUUUUACUCGUGAACAGAUUAAACAUUUGAUUACGGACGUGAUUUUUUUCAGAGCGAUCAUUAAGAACAAUUGAUUGUUUUGCUCUAGCUGGUGAUUUUUAAUUAUCUAUGGUAUGACCUCGGAGGUAAACCGCAGUGCAAAAUAUGUACAUCAAUCAAAUUCCUGCAAGUCCUUUAACACAUUCGCUGCCAGAGCGGACAUUAGUGUCUGAAGUACAGUUUGAAUAUGUCAUGUCAGACACUGGUGUCUUCUGUAUUUAUUUAUUGAGAUGAUCCAGCGGCCACCCAUAUUUGUGCAAUUUUUAUCGAUUGUCUACUAUGGCUUAGCUAAAUGAGUGAAACAUUCUGGUUUUCAUUUUAUUUAAAUUUUGAUAUCUGUCUGCUAUUGUGACUAGGGAUGAGCAAAAUAAUUGAUUAUUAUUCAAUUAAUCGAUUAGUCAAUUAAAAACAAUCGAUAUUCGAUUAAUUGAUUGAUCAAUUAGUCAAUUAAAAACAAUCGAUAUUCAAUUAUUUUCGAUUAAAGAAUAUUUUCAGUUAAUCUUUUAUUUUCUUUUAAUCUUUUAUUUUCUUUUAAUCUUUUAUUUCCGAUUAUCGAUUAUUUUAAUUGUGACCAAACAAAAGAUUUUCUGCUUUCCAGAGCGGACAUAAUUAUUUGAACUUGGAAAAUAAGAAUAUAAAUUUAUAUUUUUUUCACAUAAAAAUAACAAGCUGGUCAAAACAAAUUAAAUUGUGUUUAUUAUAAGUUUUGUUGAAACAUUUCAUCCCAUCGUCUCGGUGGUUGAAAGACACGCGGCUUCGAAUCCUUCACCAGACAUGUGAAUUUUUAAUUCAUUUGCAUGUUCGUUAUAGGAUUUGAUGGAUGCCAUAUUAGCAGAAAUUUAAUUUCUGUUGAUAUGACAUCCAGAUUAUAAAUGGCCAUGCGUUACCGUUUUGAUGAUGGUGGGUGGGGUUUUCCUCACCUGUAAGUCAAAUGCAUCAGUCAUCUUUAAGUCGCCCCGAACCGCCUUGGCAAAUAAUAAUAAUGGCCGUCUUUUCCCCGGACAAGCUCAACUUUUGGGGUUAAAGUUUACUCGUAAGGGGGUGAAUUAGGGAGAGUAUUAUUAUUAAUAACGUGGUUCAUCAGAACAUCUCUUGCAGAAGAUGGAAACUUUUUUUACUGUACUGUUUGGAAUUUCGUUGCUGUUUCUUCUGAGAACAACUGCCUGGUAGUUUCUCAAAUACGUUUUUGGCUUGUUUUUGUAUAAGGUGUCGAUCUUCUGGUUUUCCCAAAAGUUUAUUGACUUCAGCCUCACGAAAUUCAAGCAAACUCACCAUUUUAUCCUGUAACUUCCUAAUAUAGGAAAUGAUAAUUAACUAUUGCUUCUAUAGUAUUUGAGGGUGACUCAUCUACGAAUUGCAUUGUGUUCGGCCGGCAAUAACGUAUGUUUCGCAAAUGAAUCGCCCUCAAAUAAAAAUUGUUAUACUAUAGACGUCUAUAAUAAUAAAAAAAUCCCUUUGCGAGCAAAUUUUGGUCGUUCGGUGUUGCUACUUUCGUUGUAAGUUUAGUAAUUUCCCUACAUCGGCAGUAUUUAUCGAUUUUUGUAUUGUUAUAGAUGAAUAGAACUAAAAAUGAAAAACUCAAUCGAUGUGAGACAUUAUUUUGAAUUUGACAGAUUAUAUUAAACACAGUACAUGUUGUUUACCCCCUCCCCUGUACCUAACUUACAAAUAGCAAGCAAAAAACACGACAUGCCACUUUUUGCAGUGAGAUGAGGGACUAUUACCUGUUGAUUGGGGCUAUAGAUCGCUAA